AUGUUUGAUGAUAAUUAUAUAAUCGAUAGGCUUGAGAAGGAGGAGGUAGCUGCUGCCUAUGAAAUUGAAGCUGCUUCCAGCGCAGACGAUGGAGACUUGGUUACAACCCACGAUCAACUAGAAUAUCGACAUAGAUACGCCUGUGAUUUGUUUCUGGGGAUUUUCUCGCAGCCACGCACCAAAGGUCUACUUGGAUACGUUUCAGGCACGCUUUCAAAUGACGAUGCACUGUCCACCGCACACGACCCAUCUGGCCACACAGUCUGUAUACACUCGCUAUCUGUGCAUCCACAGCACCGUGACAGCCACAUCCCCGAGAAGCUUUUCGCGGAAUACAUGCGCAGACUCGAUGAAUCGAGCUACAACAGGGCUGUAGUCCACGCACGCAAACAGCGCGUACCAUUCUUCGAGCAUUUCAAAUUCAAGCUUACCAAGGAGGCAGAAGAUGGCGAUAAACGCCAGAGUGAUUUGUUUGAGCUCGUCUAUGACAUCAUCCCGCAGAGACGACCUACACUCUCACAGGCGGAUAUACUCGCUGCUCUCAACAAACCACAACCAAAGCCGUCCCCUCUUACUCUCACCCCAUUCACUGAUCACAGCAGCUACGACGCGUUCGUCAGUGAGUUGAAAAAUUCACGUAACGCCCGCUGUCCUCGCGACGGAUGCAGGUCACUCGUCUUUCUCGCACGCGAAGCUGAACUGAAAGAUCUCGAUACUGUCCACCCACUCAGCAUACUCCUCCCAAACAAGGAGUUCUCUCACCCCUCUCUACCCCCACCACAUAUGACCAAAGCUUGGAGACUGCCUAGUCCAAUGUCUUUCGAAAACAUCACCUUCUCCAAAAUUGCUCCGGGAACUCCCGCCAACGUUUCCAAAUUUCUCGCCUGCGGUGAAUGCGAAAUCGGCAGUCUCGGCUGGGUCGACAAUUCAGGCUGCUGGAUAGACAUGAAGAGAGUUUUGUACGAAUAA